CGCGAUGUAAACAAUAAGGCAAACGACGUAAGGAACGUUUGUUAAUGUUUAUUUAUUUUUGUCCAUACGACCUAGGCCAAUUUAAUGUUUUCUCCGAUUUCGUGAAUUUUCCAGAAGUGAAUGGUGUACAGCUAUUUGUUUACUCCCGAAGAACGUUGAGUGCACUGUCUGCGGCGGGAAGAAGGCAAAUUUUUGUCGUGAAUGGAGUCGGCAAAACCAGCCUUGUCGUCAGAUAUGUUUCGAAUCUGUACACGAAGGAAAUUUCGCCAACUAUAGGAGCCUCUUUUUUCACCUGCAAAGUUAAUCUGGAAGAUUUCAAGGUGAAGAUGCAGGUUUGGGACACAGCCGGCCAGGAACGGUUCAAAGCGAUGGCACCACUCUAUUACCGGAAUGCCAACGCUGCCCUGUUGGUUUUCGAUCUGACGCAGUACAACUCGUUCGUUGAAAUCAAAUCCUGGGUCCAGGAGUUGCAACGAAACGUUCAGGAACCGAUGGUACUGUCGCUUGUGGGCAACAAGCUCGAUCUAGAGGAAAGACGGGCGGUUUCUAGGGAGGAAGCUUCGCUGUACGCUACCUCGAUCGGAGGAAAUUAUUUUGAGACUUCUGCAUUGCAAGAUCAGGGCAUAGAACAAGUGUUCAUAUCUAUUGCUGUGGGUUUGAUAAAACUGUCCGGAGAACAAGUUUGCCCAUCGCUAAAACGGUACGAAUCCUCCGAUUCCCUAGUGUUGUCGGGAUAUUCUAGCGGAAUGAAUGGUGUUGUGCAGAUGGGUAUACCAGUGGACUGCGAUAAUGUGCUAACAGAUGGCACGGGUCGUUUGGAAACGCCUUCUUGGAGCAGAGAUCACAUAGCACAUGCUGAUAAUCAGCGUCCUGGAUGGUGCUGUUAUUAAACGUGUCCCAUUGAACGAAGCCUCCAGCAAAGACAUUGGAAUGACUUUUCCUGUGAUAAUUACCGAGGUCAAGUGGAUUGGUUGAAACCGGAAAAUGCAGAUAUAAGAUAUUAGUUUGUAUAUACUUUAACCAGAGUAAUAGCAAUUUAUAACUGUAACGAUAUUGAUCAAAAGUAUUGUUUAUCGGACUUGAGGUUUUGUCAUGUAUUUGUAAGGUAUUGCUAGGGCUUCGCACGUUGUAUUUCGUCGCACUUUAAAACACCUCAUGACAGAACUGAUCUCUCGAAAAUGACUCGUUUCCAGCUACAGAGCUCAACUUAUGUAGAUCGAAUUCAUACGCGCGUAAUCAUGUAUUCAUACAUAUAUUUAUACUCAUAUCGCAAUCCCAAGGGUCAAUUUCGCACGAAAAGCGAGCAGUUGUUAGAUUACUUUAGACGCUUAUAAAACAAUGAUAUUUUGGACUUUUAUGAAAUUUUCAAUAUCCGAAAUUCGUUGAAAAACUAAAUAUCUAUUGGAUCGGAAAUCUUAGGCAGUUUGAAUGCUUUUCAUUCGGACGUCGCUUCUCUCUUCACAAAAUGUUGUCAACUAAUGAAGAUAAUGGGUACAAAAAUCUUGUGACGCUUGCAUUAAGAAAAAAUACAAAGUCCACCGAUUUUACAUGCGAUUGACCCGGCAAAGUCCCUCCAAACAAGGUCCUAGCAUGCGUCAAAACUGUUAGUGGUAGUGAACAGAGAAAUCCUAUAAAACAUGGUAUUGAUGAUGUAGACGCUACCAUGCGCCCUUAGAAACCGUCACACAUACGAGCACAGAAGCAGUUUUCGUUUUGACGUAUGCUAGGACCUUCCUAUAUAAGGACUUUGGACACCCGGUAUAUCGUCAAGGAAUAUAAGUAGGCUGCAUACAGACAAAAAUUACAGCUCUAUCAGUUCAUUUUCGGCAACCAUGGCGAAAGCAGCGAAGCAACUCCGGUCGUUGGUAUGUAAUUAUCUCCCUCUCCACCCUGUGAUGAAGAAUUCCGUCAUCGUGGAACACUUUAUGUUGGCCGAAUAAAGCCGAGCGCCCAUAUACAAGAUACUGGCAAUAGGCGAGAGCAUCGAGCGUAAGCCGGGUUCCGGUAGACCAACGGUUUUGCUAGAUCAGAAGAUGCGACAAGCCCUAAACCGGAAGAUACAAGGCAAAGUGGUGAAAUCCUUUAACGCCUUGGGCAGGAAGGUGACCGGCCAGACGGCCGAAAAUAAUCUUGCCAACAUGGACAUCGGAAGCGGCUAUUUCACAUCCCCCACGAAGGGGGCGCAGCGACUUGUGAGUGCAGGUUCACACACUCGACCCAACUAGCUCAAUAAAUUCUCUCAGGGUCGGCAACCGCCUGGGAGGGACUCAAACAACCCGAAACUUACCCUGUUGCAAAGCAGAUUUAUCGAGAGACGUCUGUGGAUGGAGAAUACUGACUCUGAAUAAAAAAAGGAAUGUACAUAAUUUACAGAUUUAUUUUUCGAUCCGGAUCAUCGAUUCACUGCUGUCCGUCGAACGUUGGGGUCCAUUAUUGACGGCGGAGAGGGAGGGUAAUUGAGCAUACCUGAUUACUCUGCAGAUGUGACGAAUUACCAGCCGGUAGCUGGUAUUGGUCGACUAGGCCGUCGAUAGUUGAUUUCGCCCCGUAGAAUUACUAUUACCAAAACUGUGAAUGAUGCGCGUCGAUGCUCUCGUUUGGUGGCGACGAGGUGUGCAUGCCAUGCCGUGUUAUGUUGCAGAUAUCGGAGGGGAACUCGGGGGUCUUGGAUUCGCUUCCGAGCGCCUAAGCGUUCCUUUAAACUGGGUCAGUUGUCCAAGUACUGUCGUCCUGACGGUGGCGUUGUCCCGAUUAGGGAUAAUGUCGGGUUGGUUCUCUGCCAAGGCUGUCUUCGCAACCCCUUCACCACUUUUAUGACUAUGCGUACGACACAAAGAAAGACUAGUACGCUGCUGCACACGACUUCGGGAAUUUUCUUUUGAUCACGCCUUCGAGCGGCUAACGGUUUUGUCACCCUCUAAAUUUUCCGUGUGGACUAUUCUCAGGUUGAACAUCGACUCCCUUUUCUUAUCUCUUCAUUAUCCAUCUCCUCAUUACCCAUCUCCUCUCUCUUUCCUCUUUCCAUCUCCUUAAUCCGCUCUCCCUCUCCCGCUUUCGAUGAAAUCAGGAUGCAGUAGUGACUAGCUGCCAAAAUAUCCCACUGAUGUGGUAUAAUUUUUGGCUGUUCAAUCUUUUGGGAUUUUUUUAAAGGGUCUAGAUUUUAAUGCGGUCUUUUCCGUCUUUUUUUAUCGUUGCGGUUUUUCCGUUACAAAUUUUUAAAUAUAUAUUUUUUUAUUAUUACCGUUUAAGAAGCAUGGCUGCCUUGGACCCAGAUAAUUCAUUCCGGUUCCAUAAGAGAACCUAGGCUAAGCCCCAACACCUAGUAUGGAUGUUCCGGGGUGGACACAGAAGGUCUCUUUUGGAUUUAUGGGUCUUUAUACAGCAGUGUGUCCGUGGUUUCUCAAACGAUAACGUUCACAUGAGUAUUUUUUUCCGAAAACGUACGUAGUCUAAUUAGAAAUUUAUAGUUUUUAAUGUUAGUAUACUUAGUCUAGGUUAAACAAAAAUAUGCAAAAAAAAUAUUACACAACAAGAAAAUAAACUAACGACAAUUAAUAAAUCAGAGCCAGAUAUAGAAAUAGAAAUUAAAUUACACUUACAUACUAUACAUUACAUACUACAAACGUUAUAAACUCCAACACAAACAUC